AUGGCCGAAGUACGACGUAGAAAGCCCGAAAAUGAGGCAGAAGAGAUUGGUGUAGCUGCGGGUGCUGCAGGUUCUACGGGUGCAGAUUCCUCCGACCAUGUUGAUUCAGAGGAGGAAAAAAUUCCAGAGGAGAAAUUUGUCGAAGAGCUGGCCAAAAAUUUACCCCAAGGCACUGACAAAACACCAGAAAUUUUGGACUCGGCUCUCAAGGACUUGCCCGAUCGAUGGAAGAACUGGGUCAUUCGCGGCAUUUUCACAUGGAUUAUGAUAUGUGGCUUUGCAUUAAUCAUCUAUGGCGGUCCACUAGCCUUGAUGAUAACGACACUGUUGGUGCAGGUGAAGUGUUUUCAAGAGAUUAUCUCGAUUGGCUAUCAAGUGUAUCGCAUACAUGGACUGCCCUGGUUCCGUAGCCUCUCCUGGUAUUUUCUGCUUACAUCCAAUUAUUUCUUUUAUGGCGAAAAUCUAGUAGACUACUUUGGAGUGGUUAUUAAUCGUGUGGAAUAUCUCAAGUUUUUGGUAACCUAUCAUCGUUUUCUGUCCUUUGCGCUAUACAUUGUGGGCUUUGUUUGGUUUGUGCUGUCGCUGGUAAAGAAAUAUUACAUCAAGCAGUUUAGUCUAUUCGCCUGGACACACGUCUCGCUGCUAAUUGUCGUCACGCAGAGCUACCUAAUCAUACAGAACAUAUUCGAAGGCCUUAUAUGGUUCAUAGUACCCGUGUCGAUGAUAGUAUGCAAUGAUGUCAUGGCGUAUGUGUUUGGUUUCUUCUUUGGACGUACACCCCUCAUCAAGCUAAGUCCGAAAAAGACCUGGGAGGGCUUCAUUGGUGGUGGCUUUGCCACUGUGCUCUUUGGCAUACUCUUCUCGUACUUUUUAUGCAACUAUCAGUACUUUAUAUGCCCCAUACAGUAUUCGGAGGAAUUGGGUCGCAUGACAAUGUCCUGUGUGCCCAGCUAUCUAUUUACGCCGCAGGAAUAUAGCCUUAAAUUGUUUGGCAUUGGCAAGACCUUAAAUGUUUAUCCAUUUAUCUGGCAUUCGAUAUCGCUGAGUCUGUUUAGCUCCAUCAUUGGUCCCUUUGGUGGUUUCUUUGCGUCGGGCUUCAAGCGCGCAUUUAAGAUUAAGGACUUUGGCGACAUGAUACCUGGACACGGUGGCAUAAUGGAUCGCUUCGACUGUCAGUUCUUGAUGGCUACGUUUGUUAACGUUUAUAUCUCCAGCUUUAUACGAACUCCAUCACCAGCCAAACUCUUGACGCAGAUAUAUAAUCUAAAGCCCGAUCAGCAAUACCAAAUUUAUCAGUCAUUGAAGGAUUCACUUGGCGAUUUGCUGAACUAAAUCCCCACACAUACAAAACUUAACUAACUCUAGACAACAACAAUAGUUUGCUUUAUUGAUUACUUCUCUAUAUAUGAAUGUUUAAGGCGGUCGAAAAGAAAUAUAUACACACAUGUAUAUGCGCAUAUACGACCUAGAUCCACUCGGAACAAGUACACUAUAUAUAUGUAUAUGAAACUAUUAGCUGACAUAAUUGUAGUUAAUUUUUGAGCAUAAUUUUUUGUUAUGUUUUAUUUUUUAGUUAGACAUUUAUUAGUA